CGGCGGCCGGCGGGGGGACGCUGAGGAGCGGGCGGGCAUGGCCUCCCCGCCUCACGGCGAGGUGCGGGCGCUGCGGGACCAGGUGGCGGCCCUGGAGGCGGACCUGGCCGCCUGCCGCGGGCAGCUUGAGCGGGCGCAGCGUCGGCUGCGGCGCACCGAGCGCCUCUACCGCGAAGCGCGAGGCGGCAGCGAAGCGCUGCGGCGGCAGGUCAAAGAGCUCACUAAGGAAAUCCACAGUAGGAAGGAGAAAGACACAUCUAGCGUAGAAGUACAAACCGAGGACUAUGCGUGGUCACAAACAGAUUAUUACUACUAUGAAAAUUAUUACAAUCACACUGAUGCUCAGGACUAUGCAUCUGAGCUACCAGUGCAGCACAAUCAUGGGACUGAAGGCAAUGAGCAUGAUUUCACAGAGGAGCCGCAGAUGGACACUAAUAUUCCUUUAACAGUCAAUAGCACUGAAGUAGCUGAAGGUGGAGAAGAGGAAAAUCUGAUGCAAAAUUCACAGGAAGCAGAAGAUACAUCCGUACCGGAGGGUUCUUUGGCAGAGAGCUUGAGAGCUGCUGCAGAAGCUGCCGUUUCACAGACUGGAUUUAUAUAUGAUGAAAAUACGGGGUUGUAUUAUGACCACAGCACUGGAUUCUACUAUAAUUCGGAAAAUCAACUGUAUUAUGAUCCAGCAACUGGAAUUUAUUACUACUGUGAUGUGGAAAGCGGGCGAUACCAGUUUCAUUCGCGAGUGGAUCUGCAGUCUUAUCAGACUCCUGGUUCUCAGCAUGCCAAGGACAAGAAAGGGAAAAAGAAGAGAAAAGAACCAGAGUGGUCUACUGCAAAUGAGUAUAAGGAUAUGGACACAGAAGAGCAGAAAUCAUCUAACAAUUUGAAUUGCUUUUCCACUACUGAGCAAGUUAGUUCUACUGAAGAAGAAGAGUCUCCUAAUGCAAGAAAGAAGACAAAAAUGGACACAAAAAUACGAAACAGUCUAAGAGCCAAAGAAUCAAUUUCCACAGACAGUAUGAAUUCUCAUUCACACAAAAGUACACCAGAUACUGCAGCAUAUACAGAUGACAGUAGAACAGUAGACACAGAAAGUGAGCCUGAAGAAGGUGAAAUUACAGAUUCUGAACGUGAACCUUAUAGCAGUACAGAUGAAGUAACAAGUGAAGAAACCAAUGAUUCAGAAGAUUCAGAAAAUGAAGAUGAAGAAAAGAUUUGGCCUCCUUGUAUCAGAGUCAUUGUAAUAAGGUCACCAGUUCUACAGACCGGGUCACUUUAUAUUAUCACAGCUGUGAAACCUGCUACAAUUGGAAGAGAAAAAGAUGUUGGCCAUACACUUCAAAUUCCUGAAGUUGGAGUCAGUAAGUUCCAUGCAGAAGUAUAUUUUGACCAUGAUUUGCAAAAUUAUGUUCUUGUGGAUCAAGGCAGUCAGAAUGGAACAGUUGUUAAUGGAAAUCAGAUUUUACAGCCUAAAACGAAAUGUGAUCCAUACAUCUUGGAGCAUGGUGAUGAAGUGAAGAUUGGUGAAACUGUGCUUUCUUUUCACAUACAUCCUGGCAGUGACACUUGUGAUGGAUGUGAACCAGGUCAAGUCAGAGCGCAUCUUCGUCUGGAUAAGAAAAAAGAAUCUUCUGUUUGCCCAGCACUUAGUAAAGAAGAGAGAGAGUUAGUCAGAAGAAAAGCAUUAAAACAAAUACGGGUAAAAUAUGGUUUACAGAACACAGAGUAUGAAGACAACAAAGCAGUGAAGAAUCCAAAGUACAAAGAUAGAGCUGGAAAACGCAGAGAGACCAUUGGAAGUGAAGGAACUUUCCAGAGAGGAGAUACUCCAGCUUCUGUACAUAUUGAAAUCAGCGACAGCAACAAAGGACACAAAAUGUUGGAGAAAAUGGGAUGGAAAAAAGGGGAAGGCUUGGGCAAGGAUGGCAGUGGUAUGAAGGACCCAAUCCACCUUCAGUUACAUAAGAUGCAUGCAGGUUUGGGUACAAGUAGACCAACCUCAAUUGAAGAUAUUCAGAUCGUCCCAAGCAAGAAUAAGAAGAACUGGGAUAAAGCAAGAGAACGGUUUGCUGAAAACUUUCAGGAACCUAAAUCACAAAAAGAUACACCUAAGAGUACACCUUGGGUUAGGGGGACUGCAGAGUAAAGUAUC